UUCCUGCAUCAUACAUGAUACAACGUGCUAGAAGUAGUCUGAUGAGUACACUGUUUCUUAAAUUAUGUGCGGGAACAACAAGGAUAUUAAGAAGCUGUUUAAAGUUAUAAAUGAUGACGCGCGUCAUAGUGCAUGAACCUGGUCAAAGAAGCUGACGCAGACCACGAAGAUGCCAGGCUCGAGACGACCUUCGAAGAGCCGUUCGCGCUCUCAGUCGGUUGUUUCUGCCUCUGCUGAGGAGGGAUAUACUAGUCGAAGGAUGGAGUCAUCUUCUCCACAAACACCGCUAGAAGAGGACAACUCCAGUUCGUCAGAUCAUCUCCCUAUUUAAGGCACAGAAAAACCCAACCCUUUACACAGCCCAUUCUUCUCAUUCCCCUUUUACACAAGGGGAACCCAUACUGGGUUGCUGGCGUAAGGUGGGGUUUUUCUCUUCGCUAACCUAUCUUCAAAACGGAGGACGACGCAGGGUUUGCUUUUGCCAAGGAAGGUAGGGAAUUAGCUAGAACUCGACGCGAAUGCGAGAGGGAAACAGUAUGGAUGAUGUUUUUUUCCACCUCUCAGACCCUCUUCUAAGCUGCCCCUUUUUUGUCCUUCAAGCUGUAUGCAUAUAUAGGUGGGGACGGGGGGAGCCUAGGCUCGGGCUGCAUAGAUGGGAAAGAUAUCAUUCAUAAAAAGGCUUGCUACGCUUAGUCCUCGCGAUUGCGACUAUAGUUUUUCCGAUUUGUCUACCACACCAGUGGCACUUAACGGGGGCGUCCAGUGUGAGUGCGUUUGUGGAAAUCGAGCGAAGGCGUUUACAAUGGGGACAGUGGCUGCCUGAUUUGGCGCCACCGAGUUUGUUGGAAUUUUGCGC